AUGUGUUUGUGCAAACUUGCUGGUGUGUUUGGUGAUUUAGAUGGACUGGAGUCAGUGUCAGUGCUGGAGGGAGAUUCAGUCACUCUAGACUCUGGUCUUACUGAAAUAAUGGAUGAAGAUCUGAUUCUGUGGAGGUUUGGAUCUGAAAACACUUUAAUAGCUCAAAUUGAUAUACUGGCAGGCAGCAUUAUUCUAUAUGACGAUGUUCCUGAUGGGAGAUUCAGAGACAGACUGAAGGUGGAUCAUCAAACUGGAUCUCUGAUCAUCACAAACACCAGAACUGAACACACUGGACUCUAUCAAAUGCAGAGCAACAGUGUGAGAAAGAGAUUCAGUCUCUCUGUCUAUGCUCGUCUGUCUGUUCCUAACAUUACCAGAGACUGUUCUUCAUCCUCAUCUUCACAGCAGAAUUGUUCAUUGUUGUGUUCAGUGGUGAAUGUGGGUCAUGUGACUCUCUCCUGGUACAAAGGAAACAGUUUAUUGUCCAGCAUCAGUGUGUCUGAUCUCAGCAUCAGUCUCUCUCUACCUCUGGAGGUGGAAUAUCAGGAUAAAAACAGCUACAGCUGUGUGAUCAACAAUCCCAUCAGAAACCAGACCACACAUCUCAACAUCACUACACUCUGUCACACAUGUUCAGGAAGUGUAGAAAAACUGUUCAAAAAGGCAAGUUUGGCUGUUAUCUAUAAAGUGACAUUGGGCAAUGCUCUUGCUCAGAAAAACUAA